AUGCUGAAACGUUUCGGACGUGGUCACGAUCCCAGUGGCAUAGAUGGUACAUUGCAGGGCGAAUGUGUAGUUCUAUGUCCAGUGUGUCCACAGCCAGGGAACAAUCUACCUGAUGGCUGGCAAACUGCUACAAAAGCAAAAUGGUGGUUGUAUGCAGUAUUUUUAGCAAUCGACGCGAACUUUCGGUUGAAGAGACGGAACAUAUCAAGUGAUCAAGCAGACCCAAGCCUUUCGAAAGGCUGGGUGUACUUUGUCGACAAGAAGGACUACAAGGCCUUCCUGGCUGAACAUCUUACUGAUGUGCAGGAGAAAAGCAUGUGUUCAAGUCACAACACUGUCAAUAUGGCAGAUACAAAACAGUUACAAGGGCUUACGGCUACAGGCGUGGGGACAGUAGACUGUGCUCAUAAUAAUUUUAAAUGGCCAAAUGGAGUCUGGGAUCUGCUGAGAAGGUACAUCAACAUGGAUUACUUAUUUUUCUCAACUUUGCGUGGUAUGCAGCUUGAAAUGCUUAAUGUCAUUCCCUCAAUCCAUGGCUUAGACUAUCUCAGCAAGGUCAUACACUUCUUUGUACCAAAAUUCCACCUCCCCGCACAUGUUGCAAAAUGUCAGAUGAUCUUCUCAUUUAACUUCACGCGUUUUGUUGGCCGGACGGAUGGUGAAGCCCCGGAGAGGGGCUGGUCGAAUAUCAACCCCGUGGCAUCAAAGAUUGGAAUUGGAAAAGACUGUCGGUUGGGCGCGUCUCUCCUGUACAAGAUGAAGGAUGCUCUCGCUGAGAAGGCUGCGCAUGCACUCGCAUUUGAGGAAUUUGACGCUGUCAUCACUCUCGAGCAUCACUCUGCAUGGUUAGCAGAAAUGCAAGCUUGGGAGGAUAAUCCAAAUGACACGUCGAUCUCUAAUCCACUCAAGGCCAAAGCCAUGGCUAUAAUGCAAGCAGGAGUAAGGCUAAAGCUUGCGGAGCUGGAGGCUGAGGAGCUUCAGCAAGGUAUAGACUCUUUGCACCCAGAAAUUUCGCCUAGCAUGCUCAUUGCUUCUGGCAUAGACCUGGAAGAGGAACAGCAUCGUCUGGCCAAUAUCACUGAGUCGAUGGGUCAACAUGCUACCGACACGCAGAAAGGCAGUCUCAUGCAGAUGCGGAACUCACUUCGUUGGAAUGGGUGCGUGGUCAAGGUGCAAAUACUCAUGCUCAGAAUGCCCUUGCCUGCAUCACCGAAGGCGCACGGCCUGCGCAAAAAGAUACCAGUCAGCGUGGAUGGUGCUCAAGAGCCUAGCUACAAUCAUGAGAAGAACAGUUGGCAGGGCAGGUUGGAGGAACUGGCAGACGAUCACGUCAAGCCCUCAUGGACCCAUAUGCUACUGGUGAAGGUGUUACGACAAGCGGUCGUGUGCGACUAG